UUUUGUUGACAGAAAGCAAGAUUAUCUUCUUAUACAAAAAGAUGAAACCAACUGAGUUACUUUCAAAAGACAACCAAGUGAGUGCCACCGACUAAUGAGUAGAAUCAAUAAGAACGUGGUUUUGGCACUUUUAACUUUGACAAGUUCUGCAUUUCUGCUGUUCCAGUUGUACUACUAUAAGCACUAUUUAUCAGCAAAGAAUGGAGCUGGUUUAUCAAAAGCCAAAGGAAGCCGAAUUGGAUUUGAUAGCACACAGUGGCAUGCAGUUAAAAAGUUUAUUAUGCUGACAUCCAGCCAAAAUGUACCAGUGUUCCUUAUUGAUCCUUUGAUUCUGGAAUUGAUUAAUAAAGACUUUGAACAAAUCAAAAAUACUUCUCAUGGCUCCACUGCAGAAUGCAAGUUUCUCUGUGUUCCCAGAGACUUUACUGUAUUUGCAUUACAGUAUCACCUGUGGAAGAAUGAGGAAGGCUGGCUUCGGGUAGCUGAAAACAUGGGAUUUCAGUGCCUGAAGAUCGAGAGCAAAGAUCCCCGGCUAGACGGGAUAGACUCACUUUCUGGAACUGAAAUCCCCCUGCACUAUAUCUGCAGAUUGGCUAGUCAUGCCAUCCACGUGGUGGUCUUUCAUGAGAGGAGUGGCAACUACCUCUGGCAUGGUCACCUACGACUCAAAGGGCACAUGGACAGGAAGUUUGUUCCUUUUCGAAAGCUACAAUUUGGUCAUUAUCCUGGAGCCUUUGACAGGCCAGAGUUACAACAAAUUACUGUUGAUGGACUAGAAGUUCUCAUUCCAAAAGAUACGAUGCACUUUCUAGAAGAAAUACCACACUCUAGGUUUAUUGAGUGUAGGUAUAAAGAAGCUCGAGCAUUCUUUCAGCAGUACCUUGAUGAUAACACUGUGGAAGCUGUGGCUUUUCGGAAGAGUGCAAAGGAAUUGCUGCAACUGGCAGCCAAAACAUUAGAGAAAUUGGGAGUACGGUUCUGGCUGAGCAGUGGAACUUGUCUAGGAUGGUAUCGGCAGUGCAACAUUAUUCCUUAUAGUAAAGAUGUCGACCUAGGAAUUUUUAUACAAGAUUAUAAAUCUGACAUUAUUUCAGCAUUUCAGGAUGCAGGACUUCCACUCAAACACAAAUUUGGGAAGGUAGAAGACAGCUUGGAACUAUCUUUCCAUGGAAAAGAUGAUGUGAAACUUGACAUUUUUUUCUUCUAUGAAGAGACUGACCAUAUGUGGAAUGGAGGCACUCAGGCCAAAACAGGAAAAAAAUUUAAAUACCUGUUCCCCAAGUUUACACUGUGCUGGACUGAAUUUGUAGACAUGAAGGUUCAUGUGCCCUGUGAAACCAUCGAAUACAUUGAAGCCAACUAUGGUAAGACCUGGAAGAUUCCUGUGAAGACAUGGGACUGGAAGCGCUCUCCCCCCAAUGUUCAGCCCAAUGGAAUCUGGCCUAUUUCUGAGUGGGAUGAGGUUAUCCAGUUAUUCUGAGACAGUAGGUUGAAAUAGUAGAAUUCCCCUCCUGAGUAAAAGUGGAUAACUGUUAAAAAAGAUUUAUGUCCAUAUUUCAUACUAGGAAACAAAGAAAAAUGACUAGUUGAAGGCAGAGUUCUAAUUCCUGAGCCAUUUGAUCUAAUUCUCUCAUUUUACAUGUAUUAAGGAGUGCCAGGUACACUGCAAGAUGAUAGUGGAGAAGCAGAGGUGAGUGAAACAGACCUUACCUCUCUCCCCCACCCUUCGUAGCACACCAUUUUUCCUUCAGGGACACUCCCUGAUCCUUUGAAGAGCUCAUGUAGAACGUAUGUUCUCUAGGUGCUUUCAAAUGUUAGAUGAUGUUUGGACUGGAAGAUGGGCUUGCUAGGCGAAGCUAAGGAAGGAUACUAGUUAAAAAGAAUGACCUGUCUGGUCUGAGCAUUAAAGUUUGUAUAUUAGUGCUGCUUUUAAGGUUGUGGAGUCUGAGUUUAUAUCAAAGAGAUCAGACCUUAGGCGGCAUCAAAAAAAGUUACUAGCAGGUUCACUUUACAAGCAACCUGAUGUGGAAUGAUUUAGAGCACAGGACAUCAUUCUAUAAGAGAAUGAAAGCUCAUUUUUGCCUUGUCAAAGAUACAUAAGUUUCUGUACACUUUUGAUUUUCAUAUUUGAACUGAAAAGAAAGCUUAUGCUUGUGUUAUGCUUAAAUUUCCAGCUAUGUGAGAAUAUUUUCACUGACCGCUGGUAGCACUGUUGACAAAUCUUUCAAGACACCAUGCUACCAGGUUGUAGUUUCACAAAACUUGUAUUCCUUAGUUCUUUCCUAACCAUCUAUUAGGUAAAAAUAUGUGCUAUUUGUGGACUUUUAAUCUUUUCUGAAUUGAUAAUCCUUAUACUUCCCAGUUUUAUUAUUAGCACUAAAAUACUAGAAAUACCUCUAUAUUUUCCUAAUUGAACUCUUAAGUAUAUUAUUCAUUCAUCUCUUUCAUUUGUGGCCCAUAAACCAAUUUAAAUGCUAUAUAAACUUACUUGUUCCCUCUCCAAUACUGCAUUGUGUCCCCAAAAUGAAGGUAAAUGCAGACCUGGCACCUGUUCCCCACCCCAGAUCAUAGUGUUUGUAGUCUGUGUCCAUUAUUGUUCGCUGAAUACUGAUGGCACAAGAACUCAGGCUUCCCUGCUUUGAGUGCCACUUGCUCUGAAACCCUCCAGUGUCCUUUUCCCCUUCAGAUGCAUCCCUGGUGAGCUGGUUGGACUUCUCUGUCUCUCCCAUCUCUUCCUGGGUCACUUUUGAAGGCAAAGCCUGCGGUAAAGGGAGAUGUAGGCGCAAUAAGCUCUGUCUUUUUCUUUGUCUGGGAGAGGAAGCUAGUCUUACAUUUUAUCUUGGCCAUUCAGGACUACUUCCUGGACCAGAUGGACAAAUUUUCCUUUAAAACUAGAGUAUAAUAGGAGUGUUAGAAAUGGAAACCAGAAGGUGUGAGGGGAUGGGCUGACAAUUUUCCUAGAGCAAAGUUAGUGAAAGUAUCCUACAACCACCCCACUCCAAAGUUUAAAAACAAAAAAAAAAUUUUUUUGAUAAAUGAUAACCAAUGACCAUUCUCUCUUAGGAUGAGUUUUCAGUGCAUAAACAUUGGGUCUUUUCAUAAAUAACAUAAGUAGGUUUUCAGGGUCCUUUUAUGGAUUACCAGUAAAGUUGUUCCCAAAUGACAGGCCAUUGGAUUCAGCUUUCUCUUUGCUAGAAAAUCAGGUCAUAGAAACCAUACCCAAAUUCUAAGUAGCUGAACUUAAUUUCAUUUUUCAUGGUUGAAAAAUAUAAUAAUAGUGUUCCUGGGAAAAAUCCACUCUGCUUAGUGAGGACCAUUCACUUGUGGUCAGCACCUGGAAGUACAUAGAAUGCACAUUUCUGCCCAUUUCAAAUUGGGACUCCUGCUGUUUGCCAGGGGGUUUUACCUGCCCCUGUUGAGGUUAUUUCUUUUUUACUUGUCCCUGAAGUCCAAGGUCUUGAAGUGUCCAAAAUCUAAUAUAUGUUGGCCCCAUUGACAUUGGUUCCAUAUCCUUCCCUUCAUAGAUGACUUGCUGCUGAAAUACCUUUCUUGACUGCCUUCUGGUUUCACAGGCUUCAGCUCGUGGGUCUUACUCUGACUUGGGGGAAUGAAAGCCUUUCCCCAGAUGCUGAAGGAUGGGCUUGCCUUUGAUGUGAUUCAGCCAUACUUCAUCCUGUGCUUCUUACAACUGCACUCUGCUAAGUGUCCAGAGACCCUGGGUCAAGCGGAGCCACCACAAACACCUCAUUAGAUUUCUUUUCCUCAUCUGAGUCUGCCACCAGUAAUUCUCCUGAUCUGACCACUUUGAGGUUCUAUUUGCGUGGCUGAGCAGGAGAAAACCUCUUACAUUAACUUGUUGGAAGGUAGGCACCCAUGAGAGAUCCUGAAGGACAGACUGACAACCCACCUCUCCCUCCAUAACCAGCUGGCCUCUCAGCCCUUUUCUGGGAAGGGAGCAGUUGUCCUUCUCUGCUCUGCUGCAGCUAUGUCUGGCCUCUGGAAUAGACCUGGAGUUCCCAAAAUGGAGCAUCUCUGAGAAGCUGGAGAGUGGGAUAGCAGAUUUCCUCCAUUCCCUAGCUACAAACCCUGAAAUACGACCAUUAGAUGGCAGAGUGUCUGCCACCAUCUCUCCAAAACCAGUUAACAGUCAAGUGAAAAUCAUCUUGCUCUUGAAUCUUAAAAGCUACGGAUCUCACUGCAGUAUUCAUUCUAACCCUCUUAUUUUAUUUUUAAGUAAAUAAGCCCAGAAAGAAACAACUGAUGCUAACACUCAGGAAUGCCAUGACUUUUGGCCCAGUGCCUGUUUCGUUGCAUCAUAGCCCAGCAUCUUUAACCCCUGUUGAGGCGCUUGGCAGAGAAGUCAUCUCAUGCCUCAACAGGAUUGAGUUUCAGGGUGUUUCUUCCUUCCCCACUUAAUCUUUCUGCUCAGAUUGAAAGCCUGAGGUGACAAAGAGGUCAAGGAGGAUUGUUUCCUGUCUAGAAUUCUUAUCCUGUCUUCCUGCCUUUAUCUGAAAAAUGCCUUAUCUCCAAAAUGUGAAAUAGUUCAUGUUUGGACACAUCAGCUUUGGUCACGACAUUGUUAAUAUCCAGGAGGACCUGAUUCUCUUGAGCUGAAAAAGCAUUCCAUUGCUAUUUUACCCUUCUUCUUCCCGAGGAAACCAUUUGUGCCAGUCUGUUAAGGGCCUAUUUCUGAAGCAUCCCUCCUCAUCUUCUUCACUGAUGUUCUCUUACGGAUACAAGUAAUUGAGACGAGAUUGUGCGUUUUCAUUUUUUUCCUCUGUGUCUCCAAACCAUUGCUUCUGGUCUUAACAGGAUUACAGAGCUUCAAAUGGCUCACAGGAAAGCAAGGUCUUACACAGGGAAGAAGGGGUUUAUAGAUUGGGGACCAAGGCUGCAUCUGGAAAGCACAAUUGCAAUGAAUUCCCACACUGCAACCUAAAAUCUUACCCAAUAUCCCAAGCCUAAGGCAGCAAAUGUUUCUAAGUCUCCCCUAUUUUCAUCUUCUGGAAAACGAACAAUUCUUUCAUCCUCAGUGUUAUAAGUCCCAGGGGAAAUGUCCCCUCAAAACCAAGUCAGAGUAAGUGCCACACUUCCACCUUCUAACAUAAUCAUCAUUUGUAACAACUUUAAAGCAUGGAAAAACUCGAGUUCCUGACUAGUCAAAAGGAUUUUCCCAGGAGUCCUGGGAUAGGUCACCUCUAAUGUCUCCCUUAGAGAAGGCAGUAGCAUGUUGGCAUGAAAAGACCACAACCUUAGGAAUUAGACCUGAGUUUGAUUCCCAGCUUCAUUCUGUGGGAUUCCCAUUUUUGUGGGGGACCUCUCAGCCUCAGUUUCCGCUUGAGUGAAUGGGAGAAAUGUUUUUAGUUAGGAUUAAAUGAAAUAUAAACUGCUUACCAUCAGGCCUGGGAUUAAGUAAAUACUCAAGGUAUGUUCCAUUUCCUACUUAAAAGUCCCUUUUUUUAUAAUUAUGUAAUGGGAUUAAAGAAACUGGUCCAGAACACAAUCCUUCCUCAGAAGGUUGUAUGACUAAAUUUACUUAGGAAAACAUUGUUUCGUUUUACCAAGACAUUAAGGGACAAAUUAUAUAGUUUAUGAUUUAAGAGACAUUACCAAGUUGCCUUCUUUUCUAAACAGAACUUGUAGUUUCAUUUUGUUGGUCAAGCUGUUGUCUCCUACUAUCCUACAUGUUACCUGUCGCCUUGAUCCUAAGCAAUUUACUCUCUGUACCACUCUAGAUUUGGGAUCUGCUAUGCCAUGGAUUUCUUUUGCAUUAUUUUAGUCUUUCCUAGAGGUAAACCCACACCUCCUUAUUAGUAAAUCUCUGCCCAGCCAAAGUCAGAUAUGAGUCAUGAUUUGGAGAGGGAAAGAAUUUGGAAUACUUAAUUUCAUUUAAUUAUGUAUCUGAUUAAUGCCUAUAUCAGUGUUAAUAAAGGAAAAUUGAAAAUACUCUUUUCCACCUUCUUCCCCCAAAUUUGUGUUUCUAUCUUAAUUAAACAAGAAUCAACAUGGUAUAUGAUGCUCUUAAGCUGCUCUAUAUCAGAAUGAAAUCCUAACUAUAGUUAAUGGGUCGAUCAGACCAAUUCAGUAGUGAUGCUUUUUGUAAAGAUCCAGUACUAAAGUAGGCAAGUACAAAUUUUUCUAAUGAAAAAUCUCUGCUUCUGUAUUCUCAGUACUUCCAGUGCAGUGACCUUCUUGCCUUCCCCAACCCAACCCCAUGCAGAGAUUAUGUAGGAACCCACUGGCCAGCCAUUGUCUACUUAUGAGCACUCUCACAGUGGGUUUGAAAGGGAGUAUGAGGAGAAUUGAAAAUACUGUAUUUUGCACUAUAAAACGAUAUACUGUCUCAUGCACUGUUAAAAAAAUUGUAAGGUUUUUUCACUUUGUGAUGACUCAUUCAGAGCAUGGGGAAUAGUUCAUGUGCUUCUUAAAUGAAAAUCAUAAUGUAGCUAUUUGUGCAUCCCUUCCACUUCAUAACCAGAAAAAUAUGUAUGUGAAUUUUCUAAACAGUGACAUUUUAAAUGUAAAUUUCAGUGUAUGUUUACCAGUUUACUCUUUGGUUUUAUCUUCAGGUACAAAUAGUUUGUGGUACUACUGAAAAUACCUUUAAUAUUAUUUUGAUCAGAAUAUGUAAUAUAUAAUCCAGUUUGGGGUGAUGAAUAAAAUUUUUCUAACCACUUGA